GGAAGCACGACAGGAAUACCAUUCAAAAUAUAUGGUGGAAGCGUUAGACGAGUUUCACCGUUUUGCAUCGGUGAAAGUGAAUAUCUCCGGCAACCGCAUUGCCUGUAUCUACUAUGCUACGCCACUCAAAAUGGGAGAUCGAAUUCUCGUUUGGGAUGCUGAGGCAGAUUUGAUAGCUUAUUUCUCUUUUACGCUUGGCAUGACCGAUCAGCAACAAUAUGAAGCUGAGGCAGAAUUGGCGAGUUCUCAAGGUCGGCCAGUGACAGCAGCAGCAAGGUAUUAUGGGAGAAGAUUGGAAAAUCUGCUUUCUAGGAAGAUGGAGCGAGACCAGACGAGGUUUCGUUUGCCAUUGCACGAACCAGCGUCAAUAUUUUGGGAUGAGACGGAUGACCGCUUCCUUGUUUGUCAUGCUCAACCAACUUCCCAGCACGUGAACAAAAAGCCUCCACAAAGUAAGAAAAGCUAGAU